CGUCCCCCUCGGGCUUCUCCCUCUCACUGGCGGAAAAUGGCGGCUCGCUGAGGCUCUGGGCCACAAAAGUCACAGUAAAACACAGGAACACAAGAAAAGAAUUGCGCUGGGGGGGGUGAGGAGUGAGACGAGGAGCUCGACGCUUUGAGGACACGGUUUUCGUGAAAAUGUCUCGCUGGGUACCAACCAAGAAGGAGAAGUAUGGAGUGGCAAUCUACAAUUAUGAGGCAAGAGGGCCUGAGGAGCUGUCAUUGCAGAUUGGUGACACAGUGCACAUCCUGGAGACAUAUGAAGGCUGGUACAGAGGACAUCGGUUGAGGAGGAAGUCAAAGAAGGGAAUUUUUCCUGUAUGUUAUAUACACCUUAAAGAUGCAACUGUGGAAGGCAGCGGGCAAAAGGAGACGGUGAUCCCUAACGAGCUGCCACUGGUCCAUGAGGUGACUACCACCCUGCGGGAGUGGGCUUCCAUCUGGAGGGACCUCUAUGUAGGAGACAAGCGAGAGACGUUCAACUGUGUCCGUGACAUGAUAUAUGAUCUCAUUGAAUGGCGCUCCCAAAUACUGUCUGGCACCCUUCCGCAGGAUGAGUUAACUGAACUUAAGCAGAAAGUCACUUCCAGAAUAGAUUAUGGGAAUAAGUACUUGGACCUGGACCUUGUUGUUCGAGACAAGGAAGGAAACAUCCUGGACCCAGAGCUUACAAGCACCAUUAGCCUUUUCAGGGCCCAUGAAGCUGCUUCCAAACAGAUUGAAGACAGGAUCCAGGAGGAGAAGUCCCAGAAGCAAAAUAUCGAUUUGACUAGGCAGGCCAAGUUUGCCUCCACGCCUUCCUUUGCUCUCUUCGUCACUCUGAAGAAUGUGGUAUGCAAGAUUGGGGAGGAUGCUGAGGUUCUCAUGUCUCUUUAUGAUCCCGUAGAGUCGAAGUUCAUCAGUGAGAAUUACCUGGUGAGAUGGUCCAGUUCUGGGCUGGUGAAAGACAUAGACCAGCUUCACAACCUUCGAUCAGUUUUCACUGACCUUGGCAGUGAAGACCUGAAACGGGAGAAGAUCAGCUUUGUGUGUCAGAUUGUCAGGGUGGGGCGCAUGGAACUAAGAGACAACAAUACCAAGAAGCUAACCUCAGGCUUGCGGAGGCCCUUUGGGGUUGCAGUAAUGGAUGUUACUGAUAUCAUCACUGGCAAAAUGGAUGAUGAAGAUAAACAGCACUUCAUUCCUUUCCAACCGCUAGCGCUGGAUGACGCCAUUCGCCACAGGCAGCUGAACAUCUCCCGUUUUUCACCCAGGGUGGCGGGAGAGAAUGACUUCCUUCAGACUGUCAUCAACAAAGUUAUCACUGCCAAAGAAGUAAAUCACAAAGGCCAAGGUCUGUGGGUCACUCUCAAGCUUCUUCCUGGAGAUAUUCAUCAAAUUCGGAAGGAUUUUCCUCAUCUGGUGGAUCGCUCAACAGCUGUGGCACGGAAGAUGGGCUUCCCAGAGAUCAUUAUGCCCGGUGAUGUCCGGAAUGACAUAUACGUAACUUUGGUCCAGGGUGAAUUUGAUAAAGGCAGUAAGACCACGCCUAAGAAUGUGGAAGUCACAAUGUCUGUGUAUGAUGAGGAUGGCAAGAAAUUGGAGGGUGUCAUUUUUGCUGGUGCAGGGGAUGAUGGGAUCUCUGAGUACAAAUCUGUCAUCUACUAUCAAGUAAAACAGCCUCGUUGGUUUGAAACAGUCAAGGUUGCCAUCCCCAUUGAGGAUGUCAACCGUAGCCAUCUGCGUUUUACCUUUCGUCAUCGGUCAUCUCAGGACUCCAAAGACAAAUCCGAGAAGAUAUUUGCCCUGUCAUUUGUAAAGCUGAUGCGCUACGAUGGUACCACGUUGAGAGACGGAGAACAUGAUCUCAUUGUGUACAAGGCAGAGGCAAAAAAGCUAGAGGACUCAUCCCAUUACCUGAACCUACCAGCCACAAAGAUGGAGCUGGAGGAGAAGGGUUACUCUACCGUGGGGAAGAGCACACAAAACCUGGGCAGCUGCAUCAUCACCAAGGACUCCUUCCAGAUCUCCACCCUGGUGUGCUCCACUAAACUCACCCAGAAUGUGGACCUCCUAGGUCUUCUCAAGUGGCGGUCCAACACAAGUCUCCUGGAGCAGAAUCUACGGCAGCUGAUGAAGGUGGACGGCGGAGAAGUGGUGAAAUUUCUGCAAGAUACACUGGAUGCACUCUUUAAUAUCAUGAUGGAGAAUUCAGACAGCGACACUUUCGACACCCUGGUGUUCGAUGCUCUGGUUUUCAUAAUUGGGCUUAUUGCAGACAGGAAGUUCCAGCACUUCAACCCUGUUCUUGAAACUUACAUUCGAAAGCAUUUCAGUGCCACUCUGGCAUAUUUGAAGUUGACCAAGGUACUGAAGAACUAUGUGGAGAAUGCAGAGAAGCUGACUGAAAAGCUCUUCAAGGCCAUGAAAGCGCUGGAGUACAUCUUCAAGUUCAUUGUCCGCUCACGUGUGCUUUUCAACCAGCUGUAUGAGAACAAGGGGGAGGCUGACUUCAUGGAAUCACUGAGAAGUCUCUUCAACUCCUUCAACGACAUGAUGAACAGCAACUCGGAGAACACUGCCACAGUGAAGGGUGCUGCUCUGAAGUACCUACCAACUAUUGUCAAUGACGUCAAACUAGUUUUCGAUCCAAAGGAGCUCAGCAAACUGUUCACUGAAUUCAUCCUUAAAGUUCCACUGGGGCGUCUGGUGAAGCAGAAGCUGUACUGCAUGAUUGACAUUGUUCACAGCGACCUCUUCACUCAGCACGACUGUCGCGAGAUCCUGCUGCCUCUUAUGGCCGAGCAGCUCAAGUUUCACCUGGAGAAGCAGGAAGAGCUAGAGGCUUGCUGUGAGCUGCUCAGCAACAUCCUGGAGGUGCUGUACAGGAAAGAUGUGGGACCCACACAGUGGCACGUCCAGAUCAUAAUGGAGAAGCUGCUGAGGACGGUGAACAGAACAGUCAUCUCUAUGAGUCGAGACUCCCCGCUCAUCGGCAGCUUUGUCGCUAGCAUGACGGCCACCCUGAGGCAAAUGGAAGACUACCAUUACGCACACCUGAUCAGCACCUUUGGCAAGAUGAGAACAGAUGUUGUGGAUUUCCUGAUGGAGACAUUCAUCAUGUUCAAGGAUCUCAUUGGGAAGAACGUGUACCCUGCAGACUGGGUGAUAAUGAACAUGAUGCAGAACAAAGUCUUCCUCCGGGCGAUCAGUCAGUAUGCAGCGGUGCUGAAUAAGAAGUUCCUCGAUCAAGCAAGCUUUGAGCUUCAGCUUUGGAACAACUAUUUCCACCUGGCUGUUGCAUUCCUCACCCAGGAGUCCCUCCAGCUGGAGAACUUCUCCAGUGACAAGCGUGCCAAGAUCUUCCACAAAUACCAAGACAUGAGGCGGCAAAUUGGUUUUGAAAUUCGAGACAUGUGGUAUAAUUUAGGUCCCCACAAGAUCAAGUUCAUCCCUGAGAUGGUAGGCCCUAUCCUGGAGAUGACGCUUGUGCCUGAGAUUGAGCUGCGCAAGGCCACCAUCCCCAUCUUUUUCGACAUGAUGCAGUGCGAGUUCCACUUCACACGCAGCUUCCAGCGGUUUGAGAACGAGAUCAUCACCAAGCUGGAUCACGAGGUGGAGGGGGGUAGAGGAGACGAGCAGUACAAAGUUCUCUUUCAGAAAAUCUUGCUGGAGCAUUGCCGAAAGCACAAGUACCUGGCCAAGGGCGGGGAGAAUUUUGUCACCCUGGUGGUGAGGCUCCUGGAGAGACUUCUGGACUACAGGACCAUCAUGCAUGAUGAGAACAAGGAGAACCGCAUGAGCUGCACCGUCAAUGUGCUGAAUUUUUACAAGGAGAUUGAGAGAGAGGAAAUGUACAUAAGGUAUCUGUACAAGCUUUGUGAUUUGCACAAGGAAUGUGAUAACUACACAGAGGCGGCCUACACGCUCCUCCUCCACGCCCGCCUUCUCAAGUGGUCAGAGGAGGCUUGUGCAGCCCACCUGACGCAGAGGGACGGCUACCAGGCAGCCACUCAAGGACAGCUGAAGGAACAGCUCUACCAGGAAAUUAUCAAUUACUUUGACAAGGGCAAGAUGUGGGAGGAGGCGAUUAUACUGGGAAAGGAGCUGGCAGAGCAGUAUGAGAAUGAGAUGUUUGACUUUGAGCAGCUCAGCGCCUUGUUACGCAAGCAGGCCCAGUUCUACGAGAACAUUGUGAAGGUGAUCAGGCCCAAGCCAGACUACUUUACUGUGGGAUACUACGGCCAGGCCUUCCCAUCAUUCCUCAGGAACAAGAUGUUCAUCUACAGAGGAAAGGAGUAUGAGCGCUGGGAGGACUUUGAGGCAAGACUGCUGACUCAGUUCCCCAAUGCAGAAAAAAUGAAGACGACAACUCCUCCCAGCGAAGACAUAAAAAACUCUUCUGGACAGUACAUCCAAUGUUUUACCGUCAAGCCAAUCCUGGAGCUCCCAUCAAAGUUCCAAAACAAGCCAGUAUCAGAGCAGAUAGUCAGCUUUUACACUGUGAAUGAAGUCCAGAAGUUCCAGUACUCCAGGCCAGUCAGGAAGGGAGAAAAGGAUCCAGAAAAUGAGUUUGCAAACAUGUGGAUUGAGAGAACCACAUACGUCACAGCCUACAAGCUGCCGGGGAUCCUGCGCUGGUUUGAAGUCAAGUUCUUCUCCACCGAUGAGAUCAGCCCAGUGGAGAACGCUAUGGAGACUAUGCAGCUGACCAAUGAGAAGAUUAACAACAUGGUGCAGAGGCAUCUGAAUGAUGCAAACCUUCCCAUCAACCCCUUGUCUAUGCUGCUAAAUGGCAUUGUGGAUCCAGCUGUCAUGGGUGGCCUUACCAACUAUGAGAAGGCAUUCUUCACUGAGAAGUACAUCCAUGAGCACCUAGAGGACCAGGAGAAGAUUGAGAAGCUGAAGGACCUUAUUGCCUGGCAGAUCCCGUACUUGGCAGAAGGCGUGCGCAUCCACGGGGAGAAGGUGACAGAGGCGCUGCGACCUUUCCAUGAGCGCCUGGAGGCCUGCUUCAAGCAGCUGCGUGAGAGAGUGGAGAAGCAGUAUGGUGUGAGGACUCUGCCGGCGGCAGAGGAGCGCCGGGGCUCACGGCCUCGCUCCAUGGUGCGCUCUUUCACCAUGCCGUCCUCACAGAGACCCCUCUCUGUGGCUUCUGUUGCCUCCGUAGCCUCCAUCUCCUCUGACAACUCUCCGUCCAGGCCAGGCUCUGACGGUUUUGCCCUGGAGCCGCUGUUGCCAAAGAAGCUACACUGUAAAUCCCAGGAUAAGCUGGACCGCGAGGAGCCUGACAGGGACAGGAAGGACAAGAAGAAGGACAAGAGGCACAGCAAGCAUCAGGAGGCCUUCGACAAGGAGCUGAAGGCCAGCGACAACCCUUCCCAACCCCCAGAGGCAGUCAUUCUGUCCGAGACGAUCAGCCCCCUCAGGCCUCAGAGACCAAAGAGUCAGGUGAUCCCCAUACUGGGGGCAGAACGGCGGCCCACUGUGUCCCCAGGAUCUUCUCCAGCGCCCCCACCUGUCACUCCACGAGCCAAGCUGGGCUUUAGCCUCCUGAUGGGCUCAAAUCUGGAGCUGAAUGGGACGGCCUGCUCUGAGAAGGGAGAGACCCCGCCCCCUCUCCCGGUCAAAGGCACCAUGGCUGACUACGGCAAUGUCGAUAAUCAGGACUUGGCCAGUCCCACCACACCGCCCCCUCCACCGCCGCAUCAGAGGCAUCUGCCCCCUCCGCUGCCCAGCAAGACCCCCCCUCCACCCCCUCCGAAGGCCACGAGGAAGCAGACAUCUGUCGAUUCAGGAAUUGUACAGUGAGAAAAAGAUGGCAAAAGAAAUCAGUGACCUUCCCCCAAAAGUGAAGAUGUGGAUUUUUUCAUCCCGCAGUUCCUGUCACAUGACCCUCUUUCACUCCUUCGACAAGAUGAAUACCUCAUUCAGGCCUACUUAACCUGUUCCUCUUGUGCCUUUUUUGUUUUGUUUUUCUUUUCAGUACGGUAGGGGAACUUAGUGGUUGCACACAGACUGUUAGCAAAGGCAGCGGCCAAUGUAUGACCAACACCAUGCCCACUGUGGGCCACACAGCUUUUACGUACUAAACGGGAUAUGGCUGGGCCUUUCACAGAUGGAACACAAAAAAGUGACUCUUACAGAGCAGUUUUCGAAGCUGAGCAACUGAUUUGCUGUUGAUUAAAUUUCUUCUGAAUAAUGAUUGUCAAGCUGACUCCUCCUGCCUCAAAUGGCCCUUCCAAUCCCUGCGUUGUACAGAUGUUUGUAUAUAUGAUUUUAAGACUUUUGGGGAUUUUUGAGAAGCAAAUUUUAAACAUGACUCUUUUUGUAUUAGCAAAGUAUUAGAAUAACUUGCAAAUGCAUUGGAAAAAAGGGCCUCCAGGAUAUGAAAUCACAGGGACUGUAAAGAAAAUUAAGUACCUUAGUUUUGCAUCUUAAUAAAUAGCCUGGAAAUAAUGGGUUUUUGAGUGUAUCCAACUAACUUCAUAUUAUCUCUGUAAAGGAUUUUAUAAUAGAAAGCUGUAACCUUAAACUUUCGUAAUUCUGACUGUUCCAAAUUCACUACUGACUUCCAAAUAAACUGAAAUCUUGGGUAUUUUUUAAAGAAAGGUUUUUAGCUUUUUAUAUUAUCUUUUAUCUACUACCAACAUUAUCUGUUCUGAUUAUCUUUUCAGACAUAUAUGAUCACAGCCUAAAAUCUUUGUGCUGAUAUGGGAUGAAUUUCAGAGUGUGAUUUCUCUGACUUUUCAAAGCGUACAGCAGAUGCUUAAUUUUGCUAUUAACUUU